AUGUCUGCGCAAGUUACGAAGCUUAUGACUUGUAUCACUCGUCAUGCUCAGGGUAAUGGAGAAGCCCGGAUUGAUUUCAAUGAGUACUCGAACUAUCUCGCCUUUGAUGUCAUAGGUGACUAUGCUUUCGGAAAGCCAUUCGGAUUCCUCGACAAGGAAGAGAAUCACCUGAAUCUGAUAACCACUAUCGAUGCGCGUGGGGAAGUGCUCAAUGCCAUAGGUCAUCUCCCAGGGCUUCUAAGACCAGUGAUGAAGUAUUUUUAUCUAGAUCCGUUCUGGCCGAAGGGCCUGCAGGCAACCUCUAACCUAGCAUCCAUCGGCAAAAAUGCCUACUACCAACGCAGAGAUCAGCAAGACAGUCGAAAAGAUCUCUUGAGCUUCCUGUUCAAUGCGAAGGAUCCAGAUACCGGAUCUCCUUUAUCCGAGACAGAGAUCAUCGCCGAGUCAAUCUCUUUUAUAGUCGGUGGCAGUGAUACCACGAGUUCUACCAUGACCAAUGUAGUCGAUAUUGUCUCGCGAUUACCGGAAAUUCAAAAGCAGCUCGCCGAUGAGUUAGAUAAGGCGUUUCCCGGACGUAUGUCUGCGGGUUGGAUCGCGGAGUUUCAACCUGUGAAUCAACUACCUGUUUUGAAUGCCGUGGUACGAGAGACGAUGCGAUUGAAGCCAACUAGCUCCACGGGCUUGGAGCGUGUUACACCACCAGGAGGCAAGGUAAUUGCGGGAAUUUUCAUACCAGAGGGUACUCUGGUCAGCGUCCCGACCUUGAAUAUUCAUCACGAUGAGACUGCCUUUACAGUAUGUGAGCCUGGCCAAUCGGGAUCACCCAUCUAA